ACAGCAUACUAGUUAUUCUUCUAUGGCUGAAAAAGGACAUUUAGCUACCCCUUAAAAAGUAAGAAGAAUUUAUUGUUAACCUCACAAAUACCUGUUCAAGAAUAGUAAACGUAUACUGAACAGGAUGCCAGAAAAAUCAUCAAUAGAACGCAUUAAAGAAAAUGCCCAAGUUGCAAAAGAUACAAUAGACUCUCUUAAAACUGAAUUAAAUAUAAUUAGUAAGGAGUAUAAUAAUAUAUUAGCUCGGCAGCUGCGAGAGGAGAAUGCCAAAUUGACAGCUGCAGUUGAAGAAGCCAAAAAGAAACUUAUACAACUCGAGAUCCAAAAUGGAAUUAAACAGAUACCCAUACCUGUUGCUGGCCAACAGAAAGUAUCUGCUGUAAGAACACAAGAAACAGACCCUGUUCAAUCUCAAGAAGAAUUAAAGUCGGAAGUAAAAACUAAAAAAGAUAAAAAGGUUAAAGAAUCUAAACCUCAAAGAGAGGCUCAAAAAGAGCUGCCUGUAGAUAUAGGACGUCUCGAUUUAAGGAUUGGCAAAGUGGAAGACGUUCAGAGACAUCCUGAUGCUGAUUCUUUGUAUGUUUUAAAAAUUAACUGCGGUGAAGAAAAACCACGUACAGUUUGUUCGGGAUUAGUAAAACAUGUGCCCAUGGAUGAAUUACAAAAUCGAAUUGUUUUGUUAUUGUGUAAUUUAAAACCUGUCAAAAUGCGCGGAAUUACUUCUGAAGCUAUGGUAAUGUGUGCUAGCAAUGAGCAAGGUGUAGAAGUGCUUAUACCACCCCAAAAUGCUCAACCAGGAGAUAUAGUCCAUUGUGAAGGUUAUACAAGGCAGCCUGAUUCAAUAAUGAACCCAAAAAAGAAAAUCUUUGAGACAGUUGCUGUAGAUUUGCACACUAACAAUAAUUUGGAAGCGUGCUACAAGAAUACUCCUCUAACUAUAAUUGGGAAAGGAUCCUUUGUAUCGAAAACAUUAAAGAAUGCUCCUGUAAAAUAGAUCAGAUAAGAAUAAAAAGAAACAAAAUAUAAUUAGUUUCUUGUAAUUGAGAAGGUGAAGAUAAUAUAUGUGUAUUUAAAUA